AUGGAUAGAAAGUCUGCUAGAAUAAAAGCAGAGUUACAAAGAUAUGGUUGGAGAGUUUCGAAGAAUUUUAAAUAUAGGAAGGGAAGACCCAUAAAAGUCUAUGACAAAUUGUCUGGUCUUCGCUACGAAAUGGAUUUGGAAACAGCACGUGCCAAUUAUCCAAACAGACUAGAGAGGUUAGAAGAAGAACGUCUUAUGGACAUGCCUUUCGAUGUUAGUGAACCUCAAGUUGAAGGACACGACGGCUUUGCCAGAUUCUACUGGAAACAUGACGAACAAUUGCAUCCUUUGAGAAGGAAAAAAGGAAAAGGUGAAGACGCACAUGCUCCCAUGGAAAGAACAAGAUAUGCAUAUGAAAAGUAUCGUGAAGUUAGAAGUCAAAUUACAUCUGGUCGAACCUUUACAGUAAACUUUGACGAAGGAAAGAACAAAGAAGGCUUCAUGGGAGUACUUGCUGCAAUUCAAGACGGAAAUAAGAAAGGACACAAUCUCAGAAUGACCAUAACAGAUUUGGAUGGUCCUAUGCACAUGGCAAUGAACAAACAGCCGCAAAACUUCUUGACGCUUUCAAGACUACAAAGAGAGAACAAAUGGUUGACUCCGACUCAGACAUUUUGA